AUGUUGAGCACAACGCGCGUAGGAUUGAGGAUGCUCGCUCUACGGAGGGCACGGGGACCUGGCGCAGCUCCUUUACGCGUCGCCGGAAAUAUAUACAAUUCACAACGGGGACUCAAGCUUUUCCCCCGUUUCUUUGCGAGAAUGCUACCACUCAAGCAACAACACCCAGUCGAUCAAAUAGAAAAUAAAGAACCAAAGCCGUCGCAGCAAGAAUAUGCUCAUAAACACGCCGACACUGGCAUUGUUAAUCCCGUUAGUUUGCCAGGCACGGGCAUAGGGAUGUUUGGGUUCGGGUCCGGAGGAGUUGACGCGAUCAUUACCACUUUGAUCGGUAUCUCGGUUGUCUUCUUGGGUGGAGUUGCGUAUAUAGAAUGGUACAAAGCCAAUGUCUUAAACAAGAUCGAGAAGGCGUUCGAAUCUGGAUAUGAUCCAGCUCUAGAAUGGCUCAGUCAGUCGCCUCAUUCAACGAAUGAAGUAGAUGAGGACGGUAUACCCAUUCUUCCGCAGUCCAGCAGACACAUGAAGCGUGAUGAGCAAAAGAUUGUUGAUUCAAUUAUGGAAGGGAAGGAUCGUGGUCAUUAUCACUUAUUCAUGGGGCCCAAGGGCUCUGGAAAAGCGACAAUGGUACUCGACGCGAUGAAGAAGGUCGACGCGGAUGGGGUCGCUAUCUGUGAAGCGCAUCCCGACUUGGAGGUUUUCCGACUCCGUUUAGGAAAAGCCUUGAACUACGAGUACAAUGAGGAUUCUCAGACAGGACUAUUCCAGAGGCGUGAUCCUCGCGAAGCCAUGAACAAACUCGAAAAAGUCGCUUUCCGAAGAGCCAAGAGGACAGGGCGCCCCAUUGUACUAGUGAUCAACAAUAUCCACCUUUUCAACAACGAUGAUGAAGGCAGGCUCCUACUGCAGCAGCUACAACAGAGAGCCGAAAGUUGGGCCGAAAGAUCUAUUGGAACAAUGGUUUUCCUAAGCGACGACUUCUGGCCGUAUCCUGUCAUGCGCCAAAUUGCGAAUCGCAUGCAUGUUCACGCAGUCAAAGAUCUGGGCCCCGAUGCUGCGUAUAGGGCAUUCCUAAAACUCCGCCAAGAUACGCUCCAGAAUCAGAGCCAGGAAGAGAGCGAGUCAGAGCAGACCCUUCGAGACGCAGCAGCAGCAUCUGGCGGGAGGCUGGCAUAUAUGAGCCGACUGGCUCGGUCGACGGAAAGAAAGAUGGAAGAUUCCAUCAAACGUCUGAAGCAAGGGGAAAAGGCGUGGUUACUGACCAACACUGGAUUGAUUCCUGAUUGUGAUGACGACGUUAUGGAUGAGCAAAAAUGGUCGAGCUGUACUUGGUUAUUGCUGCGCGAGUUUGUUGAGCGCUGGGAACGGAAAGCCAAUGACCCCGAAAAUCAAGGGAAGCCCGUCGAGAUGCCCAGGAUCUCAUACUAUAAAUGCAGGCAGAUCAUGACGCGUCCCGAUUUCAUCAAUCAGUUGGACCACCUGAAUAUUAUAUCCAUUGAUGCCAAGCACAAAGUCCGGUUGGAUUCUAUGCUCACUCUGGAAGCUGCUAGACAGGUCGUGAGUAAAGAAGGGUUCGAUGAGCUUCUCCAAGGAGUGCGCGACCGCGUUGAUGAGAUCGAAAGCUUGCAUCGCACUCGAGAACUUACUUUCAAGGACGUGGAAAGUGGUGACCGUAUCCGGGUCAUGGUCGACAAAGGCGGAUCCAGAUGGAAAAUCUUCUAG